AUGCUCGCGUCGCCGCUCAUGCCGACGUCUGGGUUCUCAUCCGAAGAUACCAUGCAGCAGUAUCGUCCUGCGAAGGACAUGGAGUCUUUCAAGAGUCUCUUGCCACCCCCGAUCGAAUUCGUUGAGGGAUCUUCCUCAGGCGCUCUGGCAACUGACGAAAACAAGUACCAACCGAUCAACACCACCCCGCGACCCACGAGAGUUGAGGUUAGUCCCUUUUCGAUCACACAAGAAACCAAGAAAUCUGCAUCCAAUGCCACGAUCCCUCAGUCCCCAAAUCCUCAGCGCGCUGCAUCAAUCCCAGGGAAGCAACUUUUCACUAGCCAGCUAUCGACGGCAUGGCCUACCGGCGCCACAGUUGGCUCAGGCUUCCACAAUUCGGGCAAUACGUGCUUCCUCAAUAGUGCGCUCCAAUGCCUGCUUCACACACCCCCACUACUUCAUGUUUUGAUCGCACAUUCAAAGUCCGAUCCAUGUGCGUUCUGCCGCUCGGCGAAGAAUGCAUUCUGCAUGGCUUGCUCUCUGCGGCAAGUUAUGCACGAGUCGCAUACCAAGCGACGAGCAUUUGCGCCAUACCCCAUUACGACUAAGCUGCAAGUUAUUGCAAAACAUAUGCGUAGGGGGAGACAGGAGGACUCACACGAGUUCCUUCGGUAUGCUAUUGAUGCUCUUCAGAAAUCAUGCCUAGCGGGGUAUCCUCAGAAAGUGGACCCGAAGUUGGCAGAAACAACUUGGGUACACAAAAUUUUUGGCGGCCGCCUACGCUCAAGAGUGACUUGUUUGGAAUGCGAUUACAACAGCGACACGUUCGACAAUGUCCUGGACCUUAGUGUCGAUAUCUAUGGUGCACAGAGCCUCAAGGAAGCUCUCCGGAAGUUUGUCGCCGUCGAUCACUUGAAGGGCGCUGAUAAAUACAAAUGCGAGAAGUGCAAAAAGCCGGUGACAGCCGACAAGCAAUUUACAGUUCAUGACGCGCCAUUGGUUUUGACACUUCAUCUGAAGAGAUUCUCGCCGAUGGGGCGGAAGAUUAGCCACCCUGUCAAGUACGAAGAACACCUUUCGUUGCAGCCUUACAUGAGCCAAGGCCAGCAUGGGCCGACAUAUUCGCUCUACGGGGUGAUAUCUCAUGCCGGCGGUGGUCCCAACUCUGGCCACUACUAUGCGCACGUCAAGGGUUGCGACAAUCAAUGGUACGAAAUGAACGACGAUUCCGUCACCAGGCACCCGGGCACCCCGACAAGCAUGCGCAGCGCCUAUAUUCUGUUUUACAUGCGGGAUAAGGGUCAUGCCCUGGAGGCGGCUGUCAAAGCUCCCGUUAGUCCUGCCUUGCCAACGAAGACGGGACUUGUCGCCGGUAUGAAGAAGCGGAAGGUCUCUGGGAGCGAUGAGGAGGUCUCGUCCAAGCGUGCCAAGUCGGCCACCGAUGCCCCGUUCAUUGGACCACUUCUUCCCUCGCCGAUGCCGGCUACCGACGCUCCUAAGGACGCCUCCACGAGCCAUAAAGCGUCUGCUGAUCCACAGGCAAAAACACUUGCAAAAAAGAUAGCUGCAGUAUCAAAGAGCCCUACCAGCGCUCUCGCGAGCCUCUCGCAAUAUCAUGACGAUAGCGAUGAUGACAUUGGAGAGAAGAUCGAGGUGCCGAAGACAAAGGUCGAGUCGGGCGAUGAUUUUGAUUCUGAUGACAAACCUCCUGCCCCGUCGUUAACCCUUACGUCGGCGACUCCGAAGCCGGCGCCACCCGGGGAAUCCUUGUCGUCGAAAGGCCCGCUCUACUCGUCAGUUCCCACGACUAGCUUCUAUGGGUCAAAAUCAAACGCGAGGGACGACGCCAAGUCGAAAAAGCGAAAGUCUCCUGAGCCAGGCGAGGAUGACGAGGAGUCGCUGAGGAAAUGGGCACGGACCCCACUUUCACCGAGUGCGACGUCAACUCCUGCGAAGGGACGGAAAAGCUCCGGGUCCAAGUUCGCAGGCGGAAGCAAUCCCAUUAGCAGCCGUCUAACAGGCAGUAACAAUCUGCGACGGGACCCUGGACAGCCAGUGAACCUUUACGGCAAGAAGAAAAGGCACUUUUUGAUGUAGAGUAUGGCGGCAUAUCUUUUACUUGUACUCCGGUUCUCAGUCGCAGUAGACCUCCGACUUAUUCUCUUCACUGCGACUGCGUUAUAUCCAAGAUGCGAAUGCAUUCACAAUGUACAUAGCGCACGUAGUUACAACUUGGACUUGACUGCUUGCU